GCGCUAUGUUGUCCAGGAAAGGACUCAUUCCUGAAGAUUACUUGCUUACACGUUUGGCCGAGGAUGUUCUGCAGCCCAAGUUCAAGGCGAAAGCGGGGAAGGCUCGGUUUGUCUCCAAGAACGGCACAUGCAAUGUGGCGCAUACCAACAUCCGAGAGCAGGGCCGAUUCUUGCAGGAUGUGUUUACCACGCUCGUGGAUUUAAAAUGGCUUCACACGCUCAUCAUUUUCACCAUGUCGUUUCUGUGCAGCUGGCUCCUUUUUGGAAUGAUCUGGUGGCUCGUUGCGUUUGCGCACGGCGACUUGGACCAGAGCGGAGACGACUUUAUCCCGUGCGUAACGGAUAUUCACUCCUUCUCCUCCGCGUUUCUGUUCUCUAUAGAGGUCCAAGUGACCAUAGGCUUCGGGGGCCGGAUGAUCACGGAGGAAUGCGUCUCCGCUAUCAUCAUUCUGAUCGUGCAAAACAUCGUCGGGUUGGUAAUCAACGCCAUCAUGCUUGGCUGCAUCUUCAUGAAAACCGCUCAGGCCAACAGGCGCGCGGAGACGCUCAUUUUCAGCAAAUACGCUGUUAUCUCCGUCCGAAACAACAAGCUCUGCUUUAUGGUUCGCAUUGGGGAUCUGAGGAAAAGCAUGAUCAUCAGCGCCACCGUGCGAAUGCAGGUUGUCAAGAGAACCACCACGGAGGAGGGUGAGGUGGUGCCACUAGACCAAAUCGACAUACACAUGGAUAACCCAGUGGGUACCAAUGGCAUCUUCCUGGUAUCUCCGCUCAUCAUCUGUCACAUAAUUGACAAGCACAGCCCCCUUUACGAGCUUUCCGCCUCUGAUCUGUUACACCAAGACAUAGAGGUGAUCGUUGUGUUGGAGGGGGUGGUGGAGACCACCGGUAUCACCACCCAGGCCAGGACGUCCUACGUGUCUGAGGAGAUCCUGUGGGGACAGCGCUUUGUGCCUACAGUGUCCGAAGAGGACGGCAUGUACGCAGUGGACUACUCCAAGUUUGGCAACACUGUGAAGGUCCCAACACCUUGCUGCAGCGCUAAGAAACUGGAUGAGGCAGGUGGCAUCGCUCGGUUUAAACUGACCGAGGGCGUCACCUUGCGGGCGUCAGUAAGAAGACGUCGGGGCUCCGCGGUGGCUCGAAGGUCCAGGCUGGAGACCAUGAAAACUUAAGAGUGUGCAAAUCAUGUCUGCGAGCAUUUUGUAUGAGAGUUAACAGUCUAAGAUUGGUGGUUAUUGAUUCAGAUAAUCAUAUUUAUUUUAUAACAUAUGGCAGAGAUUACCUGUAAUCAACAAUCAGCAUAUAUUCUCUCCAGCCGUAUGCAGCCAGUGCGCACAACAUGCUUUUAUACUCAGGGUCAGCGUGAAAAUGAGAUAGAAUGCACUGAUGAUUAGAAGUGACUGCUGUAUCAAGAGUGAAUCAGCUUGUCUUUUAUUUAAACAAAAAAGUGACUGCAUGUGUCCUAAAUAAAUAAAAGAACGCUGCUAGAAAUGGUGUUGUGAAUGGAGCGUCACAAGACGGAAAUGAGAUUAGAACAAUGAGGCACUCCCACAAUUAAGCAAGGCGUUCUCAACAUGCGGAAGAACUCAUUAGUAUAUCCCCUGAUUUUACACAGAAUAAGUUACAGCACAGUAGGCUGUAGCAUUAAAAUAAAUAAAUAAAUACAAAUCUGCACUACAGUUUCUCAUUACUCUAGUCGAUGGCUACAUAGCUGUCAGCUACUCUGACAAAGAUUAAAAUACAGUCAAAGAUUAGGGCUGAAGAAGCAAUCAUACCCAAACCCAACUCUAUAGGCUGGAUCAAACAAAUCUUACAGUUCCCACAGUACAGUCAAAAGAAUCAUUUACAUUUUAUGAGAUCGC